AUGCCUAGCAAAACACCAGCAAAGGACGGCGACGACAGUAUGACUGUGGUUGUCCCCCCCUCCAAAUCCUCCAAGCAGCCCGCCUCCGCGGCCGACGCAGAAGGCGACGUGGCAAUGGACGUGGACAAGCCCGAGGACAAGGUCGAUCCCGCGGUGCAAGCUGUAGCAGACAUCAAGAGCAACUUUGCUCUCCUUGACCGUGCGGUUGCGCUCUUCGACGCCCGCUUCUCCCUGCGAGCUCUGCGAUCCAUCUCCCUCAUCCGCAAACACCUGUCGCCCGAUGUCAUUGCGCAGGCGAUUGUCGACACAUACCCUGCCACGUCGUCGUCCGCCAGCAUCGCCAAGAACCUCUUGUCCGCGGUUGGCCGGGAGAACGUCACGCUUGGCCGGGCCGCUGGCGCUGAGAUGGAGGUGGACAGCGACGCAAAGGCUGCCAAGAACGGCGCCUCCAAGAAGGAAGUCAAGGAGAUCAUCCCCGAGAUUGACGUGUUCCUGGGCAUCCUGGUCCAGGUCUAUCUCUUCGAUGCCAAGAAUUUCCAGCAGGGAGCCGACUUCUCCAAGUACCUGUCCGAUCGUAUCCAGACGCUGAACCGCCGGACGCUGGAUCCCCUCUCCGCCAAGGUCUACUUUUACUUCUCGCUCUUCUGCGAGUACAUUGCCCCGCUGCCGCCGUCUCCCGAAUCGCCCAUUGUCGCCAUCCGGCCGACUCUCCUGGCCGUUCUCCGGACUGCCGUCUUGCGCAAGGACACGGACACGCAGGCCUCGGUCAUCGUCCUGCUCCUGAGAAACUAUCUGCUGACGUCGCACAUCAAGCAAGCCGAUCUGCUUGUCUCACAUACGCAGUUCCCCGAGAAUGCGGCGAACAACCAAGUGGCACGAUUCUUGUACUAUCUGGGGCGGAUCCGGGCCAUCCAGCUGCGAUACACGGAGGCACACGAGCACCUCACAGCCGCCACCCGCAAGGCCCCGUCAAGCGGCUGUGCCGUGGGCUUCUCACAAACCGCCACCAAGCUGCUGCUGGUUGUCGAGCUGUUGAUGGGAGACAUCCCCGACAGGGCCACGUUCCGGCAGCCUUCGCUGGAGGACGCCCUCCACCCAUACUUCCUUCUCGUGCGGGCCGUGCGCGUGGGCAAUCUGGAGGACUUUGAGACCACCAUUGCCGAUAACGCCGACAUCUUCAAGCGGGACGGGACCUACACACUCAUCCUCCGUCUUCGCCAGAAUGUCAUCAAGACGGGCAUUCGAAUGAUGUCGCUGUCAUACUCUCGCAUCUCCCUGCGUGACAUUUGCAUCCGCCUGCAUCUUGGUAGCGAGGAGUCUGCUGAAUACAUCGUCGCCAAGGCCAUCCGGGAUGGCGUGAUUGAGGCUACCCUGGAUCGAGAGAGGGGAUUCAUGAAGAGCAAGGAGGUGGGCGAUGUGUAUGCCACAAGGGAGCCGGGAGAGGCCUUCCACGACCGCAUCCGAGCAUGCCUUGCCCUCCACGAUGAGAGCGUCAAGGCAAUGCGAUUCCCCAUGAACCAACAUCGUCUUGAGCUCAAGAACGCCCAGGAAGCGCGUGAACGGGAGAGAGAGAUGGCCAAGGAGAUUCAGGAGGGUGAUUUGGACGACGACGACCUGGGUGGAGACUUGGAUGGCAUUUAG